AUGAACCGCAGUAGUCAUGUGAAAAGUGGAUAGACUGCAUUUAAGGUGUUGAAUUUCUUCUUAAGAUCAAAGAAAUCAACUUAAGUCGUGCCAGAAAAGAGGCAUUUCGAACAAGAUGAGAUUAAAAGAAUAUUUAGAAGAUGUCUUAUAAGAUUGCGUACGAUUUAUAUUUUGAAUUAAGUGACAAAAGAAAUAGUCACUUAUGGGACAUCUUCUAAUUUAUAUGAUAUUUCGACUAGAGACAGACCUGCUUUACAAAAAUAUCUGUUUCCAUUAUCGAAAUUAUAGGAUCAAAACGAAGAGAAACUCGAAUUUCCAAUAAUCCAUCCAAAUUCAUUAUUUAAGUAGAUUUGGAAUGGAAUCUUUUUAGUGAUGAUGAUUUAUGUGGCAACAAUUUUACCAUUCAGAAUUUCGUUUUAUCUUGAUAAUGAAGUUGGAGUUUGGUAUUAUGCAGAUAUAGGAACAGACAUAUUAUUUUGGUUAGACCUGAUAAUCAGUUGUCUAUCAGGUUAUUAUGAUGAGGAGGGGAAGUUAGUAAAGAAAAGGAAGGUUAUAUUCAUGAACUAUCUGAAAGGAUGGUUCACAAUUGAUUUGCUAUCAUGUCUCCCUUUGAAUUAUGUAAUGGAUGAAGUGAUAUCUGAAACUGGCAAUAUGUAAUCCCAGAACAUCAAAUUAUUUAAAUUGCUCAAACUCCCACGAAUGUAUAGAUUGUUUAAGAUCAUUCGAUUCAUCGACAUGAUGAAAUAUCUAGGAAUUUCAGAGAUAAUGGAGUUCUUUAAAUUCAAUUAUGGAUUCUCUAGAUUACUGUCACUCCUUAUUUCAGUUUGUUUAGUAAUCCAUUUAUCAGGUUGCUUAUGGUUUUAUGUAGCAGCAUUCAAUGACUUUGAUUCAUAAACAUGGGUAUCUAGAAAUGAUUUAACAUCAUCAACUAUCCAAACUAAAUAUAUAGCAAGUAUCUAUUAUGCAUUUACUACUUUAACAACAGUAGGAUAUGGAGAUAUUCAUUCAUUUUCUUCGGCUGAGAUGUUUAUUACAAUCUUUUUAAUGGUAGUAGGGGUUGGGUUUUAUUCUAUGAUUAUUGGUUUAUUGUCUAGUAUACUUUCAUAGAUCGAUUACAAGGGUCAUAAACUGUAAUAACAGUAAGCAAUUUUAAGUGAGUUUUGUAUAGAAAAGAAAAUAUCAGUUAAUUUGAGAGAAAAAUUGAAGGAAACCCUUGAAUAUAGUUUUGAUAAGAAUUGUUUUAUUUGGGCAGAUAACAAAUAUAUUUUUAAGGAUCUUCCAAUUAAUCUUAGAUACGAUAUAAUAAUGAAUAUCCACAAUGGAGUAUUUGGAAACAUGCAAUUAUUUUAACUAGUGGAGGACAAAUAGUUCUUAGUGAAAGUGGUUCCUCUAUUGAAACCUAUUUUGUUUUUGGAGUCUGAAAUAAUAUGGGAACAAAAUAGUAAUCCUGAUGCAAUCUAUUUUAUUGCUGAUGGUAGAAUGAAUUUCAAAGCUGAAUUCAUUGUUAUUAAAGCUACUAAUCAAAAAAAAUAAUUUGCUUUUAAAAGUAUGAUAGGAGGUUCCUAUUUUGGUGAAAUAGAAAUAUUCCUACAUACCAAAAGAGAAACUGUAGCCUAAUGUGAAUCACAAUGUGAAAUGUAUUAUCUGACUAUUACAUCGUUUGAAAACGAGAUUUUCGAUGAUUUCCCUCAUAUCAUGAAUAAAAUGAAGAAGAUUGCUUUAGAAAGAAGACAAAAGAAUCUUGAGACAAUACAACAAUUGCAAUAUUUUAUAGAUGAUGCCACCAAAAAAUAAUUAAAAAGAACAUAACCAAAGAAGAAUACUGUUCUCUUGAGAGAAUAUAUUAAGUAAAGCAGUCAGCAUACUUUAGAAGAUGCUAAACCAAGUAAUUUUGAAAAUGAAACAGACCAUCCCUUGAUUUCAACCUAUAGUUCGAAAUUUCAAGAUCUCUUUUUAAUCACUUAAGAAAUAGAACAAUUACUAGAAUGA